GUUCCUUGCGUUUGCCCUUGCGAUCAAUGUAGAACUGGCUUAAGAUUUGAGAAUCGACCAUGAAUUCGAACACCUUAUUCUCUGUACAUUUAUAUACGUUAAAGCACAGCGAAGACUUCACUCGUAUGUUGAUUGUAUACGUAGCUCGAUGUGGACAGGAGUACGAAACAUGAUCACGUAUUGUGGCUCGCGGUGAUUUGAGUGAGAGUGACGAGUGAAAUCGUCGACCUACGUGGUGCAUCAUCCGAUAAAAUUUGGAGCAAUACCGAAACAUACUUAAAAAGUCAGAAACAUACGUAAAGAGAACAGCGUAGUUCUUCGAUUGCUGUAAUAUUUUACUGAUCUCAUGGAUUGUUUUGCCGAUCAAAAUGAUGAUUCUUGUUCCACCGAGACGUACCGACAUGUUUCCAGCCCGGAGAUGUUUGACAGCGAAACCGAGAGCGACAUCGAAAUGAAAGGCGGCGAGCACAAUGACGAUGCAUUGAUAACGCGCAUUCCCGAGAUCUCGCAAGCCGAAUUAGUUGCCAAGUCGGAUAAAGCUCUGCUGAGCAGAAUCAACAAGUAUCUGAGUGGCGUUCCGCCUCCACCGAAACACACCAUAUCCCAGCGAGAUUGUGCGGACUUUUUAGAACAUAUUUACAAAAACCGCGAAUUGUUCUUGUCUGGAUUUUGCCCAUUACCGGGCGAACAUUCAGAAUCCACAAUACAAAGUACAAAGCUACAGAGUAAGGAAGACGAUAGCGGAAAUAUUUAUCAAUUAAUCACGCGAACUGCUUCGAGAAAUUUGACAAACCACUUUGACGCCUGUGAUCCGCCAGCCGAUAGUACAGAAAACGUGGAAUUAGUUAGAAUUAAUGGCGAUAAUUUAAGUACACAAUGCAGUGUUCCUAACAAAGUAGAUAUGUCGGUUAAUGUGAUAACGAAAGUUUCGCCAAUUAGAGACAAUUCGAAUGUAUCUCAGGAGCAAUCUUCUCUUCUUUAUCAUACAAUUAGUGAAAAAGAAGCCGUGACUUUAGCAUGGCCCGAGGCGUAUUUUCACAAAUUCUACGGCAUGCAUUACAACAGAAGCAGAGUUGUGGAAGAUUUUGAGAAUUUAACAAUAAAAUUGUGCGAAAGAUACGUAGGAGCCGAGACACAGUCAACUUGUAAUAUAUGGUUUUCGAAACAGCCGAGUAGCCCGAAGAAACGAAGUUUACUGGCAAAGCGCGUGAACGGCCAAAGUCCGGAGAAGAGAUUGACACAUUUAGCUAGAAGACGCAAAACUUUCUCGAGCGCUAACUUGCAGGGACUUGCUGAAAAGAAACAGUUUAUGGUACAAAUUAAGAAAUCUACGCACAAAAAAAAUAAGAGUCCAAGAAUUAAGAGUCCACGGGGUAAAAGUCCAAGAAACUCGGCAAAGAAGAGGGUGGUUCGAAGAUUGACGUUGGACGGGUCGAGUCCGCUUAAAUCCAAGUUAGAGACUUCAAAACGCGCGCUGUUUCAAAGUCCUCCCACAGAUCGCGCCGGUCCCAGUAAAUUAUUGCAUGCGAGCAGUGUGGAUACUCAGAAGAUCAAACGGGUCUUAUUUUCAACGCUAAAUAAGAAUGAGACCAAACUCGAGGAUAACAAACCGAUAAUUUCGAGAGAAGAAAGCAGAAAGAGAAAGUACGAGGACGAACUACAAGGACCACGAGUGAAGUGGCCAAAGAGUUUGUCCUUCGACUGUGCACACGAGCUGGAAAAUACUUCAAAAAUCGGAUGGGAAAGACACUCGUCGAGCAAUCUUCUGAUGAAAACGACUGACACGUCCUUCAAUCAAGGAAAAAACGAGCUCAGUGACACGCACAGAAAGAAAUUGUUUUGGGCAGUUACAGAAGCUUUACGAAGCAAAGGUAUCGACAUGAGUCAUCCAAAGUUCAAGCAGUAUGCUACACACUUGGCACGCACAAUUAAAAAAUACAUGCCCGAUCUCGAGAACAGAGAUAUUCCACGAAAACCUGGUAGUACAAGCGAACGCAUGUUGAAGUUGGCUAAACACCACGUGUUGCUUCUCAUUGACACUAGGCCGACCGAUUGACAAAGUACUUGUUAGUAUAAUUAACAAAAGUUAGGAAAUCGAAUCGGUCAAGCGAAUUGACGGCAUAUUUAUUAUUGACCAAAACACAGGUGCUUUCUACCUUCAACCAACGUGUGUUUAAAAUAUAAUAAUUUUUAUGUGAUUUGAUAACUUGGAAUAUAUAUAUAUUGCAGUGAGAUUUGAAAAUUAAGAUUAUAUACACUGUUUUAUACUCUGUUUGCAGGAAGGAGAAAGAAAUAGAUAUAUAGAGUGAAUUGUUUUUUUAUUGUGUAAAUAAAAAAGUGCGGUUUUUACUAAGCAUAGUUUAUUAGCUUUAAAAUAGUCACUUGCGCGACGCGCAUAUUUCACAAUAUAUAUAUAUAACUUAUAAAUAAUACAUAAAAGCCGCUUUUUUUUUUGUUCUGAAGUAAAACACAAAUAACUUGCAAUAACUUUUUUACGAGUUAACGCAUGUUAUACAUACAUCAAUCGUAUCUAACAUAUGGUUUGUAUUAAAGACAGUGAGGGACGUGUAAAAAAAUAAAGACUAAUCGCGCCAUCAA